UUUAGAAUGUGCUGAGCUCCCCUGGAUCCUUCACAACAAGAGAGGAAGAAGGCGCACCAGCUUUGACCAAAUAAAGCUCAGGCGUCGCAGUUUUUUUAGAUCCUCUUUUUUUUUUUUUUUUUUUUUUUUUUUUUUAUUCUUUUUUUGUCCGAAGACACACCAACGGAAACCAACGUUCACUAACACGUUCGGGGGGCUUCGUUGUUCCGUUGGUAGCCGUUGUUCGCACCGACCUAGCUUUGUCCUUCGCAGUCACAGUUGGCGGUGGGUUGCUGAAAUAUAUUAAUAUUAUUCGUUGUGGAAUAUGGCUCAGCAUGGACAUCACGUAGCCAGUUCCCAAAAAGCGCUGAUGCUGGAGAUGAAAAGUCUCCAAGACGAGCCGGUUGAAGGAUUCAAGAUAACUUUGGUGGACGAGUCGGACAUGUACAACUGGGAAGUGGCGAUAUUCGGACCCCCGAACACGCACUACGAGGGUGGUUAUUUUAAGGCUCGGAUCAAGUUUCCCGUCGAUUAUCCGUACUCUCCACCUGCCUUCCGCUUCCUCACCAAAAUGUGGCAUCCCAACAUCUAUGAGAAUGGAGACGUGUGCAUCUCCAUCCUUCACCCACCGGUGGACGACCCACAGAGCGGAGAACUCCCUUCAGAGAGGUGGAACCCCACACAGAAUGUCAGGACCAUCCUGCUCAGCGUCAUCUCUCUGCUGAACGAACCCAACACGUUUUCCCCAGCCAACGUGGACGCGUCUGUGAUGUACCGCAAGUGGAGGGACAGCAAAGGGAAGGACAGAGAAUACAUCGAGAUCAUAAGGAAGCAGGUGCUGUCCACCAAAGCUGACGCAGAGCGGGACGGUGUCAAAGUUCCCACCACGUUGGACGAAUACUGUGUCCGCACCCAAGUCCCACCCACAGACGACGGCUCGAACCUUUUAUACGACGACUACUACGAUGACGAGGAGCUGGAUGAAGAUGAGGAGGAAGACAAUGAGGACUGUUGCUAUGACGAGGAUGACUCUGGCACUGAGGACUCCUGACCACGCCGCGCUGUGACAUCACCCACCUCUUCCCCAUCCCCUGACCAGAUCUUGUACCCACACACAGUCAAGUCUCCCUCUUGUGUCACUGACUGAACUUUAACUCCCUUCCUCCUGCUAAAAAACACACUUGGCACGGGGGCCGUCUGUCCAGCAUCUGUUACACGCAAUCAAAGAAUGCACACUAAAGCCUGGGUCAUUGAAAACAUAGCAGCAGAGUUGUUUUUGAAGUUCCUUUACUUUAUUUUGCUAUGUUGUCUGAGUAGAGCUUACACAUGAUACAGAAUCAGGAAGAUAAAUGUAAAAAAAUACUUCUGCACUGAUACCUGUCAAAAUGUCCAAAAGAAAGGCCUGAGACCUAUUUCCUCCACAGAUGUCAGGGGAAACACCGCUUUCUUAUGACUGAGUUUCUCUCUUUUGCAACAGAUCAGAUCACUGUAAAACAGGAACGUAUUUGCAAAGGAAGCUAAUUAAGGCAAAAAGACAAACUGUUCUGCUUGAGCCAUAUUAUGCGUGACCUCCAGUUAGCACACAGUCCAAAGCCCUGACACACUUUCACCUAUGACUUUUAAAGCCGCAGGGCUUGGGAUGUUCUGAACGGGGAAGUUAUCCAUUUCAGCAAGCUACUCAUACUUCCUUGUGCCUUCCUCUACCCCUGAUCCAAGUGACCAGUUCAAGCAAGUCCCUACCAGAAGAGUGAUAUUCAAGCUCUGACUUAAGGGUUCAAACUUCUGUUUCUGCUUAUUUAUAGAGGCACCUGUUAGAUUUAUCUAUGGUGUGAGGUAAGAUCCAACAGCUGAACUCACGAGUCAAAUGUAGAUCAUGCCACCAGUGUGCUGUUUCAAAUUAAAAGGAAAUCUAUGCAGUUGGAGGUUGAGUUUCAGUCACAUUGCACGUUUAAAGCAUUGCAGUGUUUAAAAUGUAACGGUAAAGCAGAGCCUUGCAGCAGUUAGACCAAACUCCAGCUGGAGAGGAUCUGAGGGAGUGUCUGUAGUGGAGCUUGCAGCUGGAGUCGUCUUUGUUAGUUAUUGGUUCGUCAUUUCCACUCAAGAGUAGCACAGAUGUCUGCAGCAGAGGAGCUUCAUUGUAACCUUUCGCUGAGCUUGCCUCCUACUGGCGGCUGUGUGCACAGCAGCAUUACUAUUUAUUUUUCCUACCCCCUGAAAUGCUGGGCUGUAUUGCAGCCAUCUUGGCUCUCCUGAAUCAAUGAACCCAGUCGUUUGAGCUGAGAUCGGGUGGAAGUGUGUAGGAUUCAGAAGAAUAAAUAAUGGCCGGUUGAAUACCUGGACCGAUUGGUUAGUUUUCAGUCUCCUUUGCACCAGUGGAGGACUGGACAUCGCACACAUAGCCACCAUUAACAACCAGCAGUAUUUCUAGAGAAAAUCUCAACUUUACUGUAACUGUUUCCGUUGUGUGAAUAGCCGCCGUUCGUUUCAAAGAUGUGCUGAAAAAUGUGAAGAGGACGUUCAGAAUGGGUUUUUAUCCGAGCCUGAGCAGGACACUGUGGUUCUUCUCUAGCAUGCUAAUUGGUGUUUGUGGUUUUAGAUAUGAUGUAACGGUUGGGAAUGUGUGCAAGGUAAAAAGGUCCUCGAAUUUGCUUUUAUAUAUUGUGAAUGGGCUGAGGGUUGAUUUUUGUUUAGUUUUUAUUUUUUCUUUCUCCUGAAAUUUUGCAAAGAUUUCAUAAAUGUUUUGAUGAUUGACUUAAUUUCUUUUGAACCCAAGUUUGUUCAUGGAAGUAUUGAGCAGUAAAAUGUUGAAGCAGAAACACGAUUAUGUAACAACAAAAAUGGACAAAGCACACAAUAUUAUGAGAACCUUUUUUCCCCACACUGAGUUAUCAAUACUGGAUCACCAACUAAUUCCCUUUUUAAUUACCUUUUUAUGGUCCCCAAUCAUGUAUUAUUAAGUUUUUGGAGAAUGGGAUUUGUUCAUUGUUUUUUUUGUUAAACUACUGUUAAAUUAUAAAUUUUUUUUCUUGUCUCUCAUUCCCACUCGCCCCCCUGAGUUUUCUGAUCCCUGAUUGGUUAAAACACGUUUGAUGGAAAACCAGGCUGUUGAGAAAAAAAACGAAAAACCUCAGGAAAAACAACCACCAACAAAUUAAUUGUAUUCCAAUUGAGCGAACCUGACCAGGUCGGGAGGGGGGGACUUACUUUUUGGCUUCAAAGGACUGUUUACAAUCUCUACCUUGAUAUGCACAUGUGGAUAGUUUGACGAUCACUUGAUAUCUUGUUUUCUUGUUUAUAUAUUUUUUUUUUCUUAUGGUUUGUAAAUCUAUUUAAAUUCUGAAAUAAAGUUCUUUAUUAGA